AUGAGCGUGCGCAAAGCGCAUAAUUCCGGCCGCAACCACCUCCGAAACGUGGUGGAAUAUUAUCAGCAAAUCGGUCAAGAAAAGGCCCAGUCGGUUAUCGACUCCAUCACCUCCUCCUACGCCGCCGAGGGCCAACCUCUCCCAAAUCCCGCAAUGGUGCCACCAGGCGCAUUCCCUCCUCCAUUCGGCUUCCCUGGCCGGCCAGGCCAAGUGCCACCACCGCCCUUCGGCAUCCCCCUCCCGGAGCUCCAGGUGCUCCUCCUCGUACGUGUAUUCCGGAUAAGCUCAAACCAAUAUCCCCUAGCUUUUUUGCUAAUCCCCGGCCUUUGA